UGAAAGCUAAUCGUGAUGCAUUUCGUUGUACAGGAACAGAGCGAGAAGAAAGAGAACCCUAUGAGGGAGCUGCGCAUCCGCAAACUGUGCAUGAACAUCUGUGUAGGUGAGAGUGGUGACAGACUGACUCGUGCUGCCAAGGUGUUGGAACAGCUGACAGGCCAGACCCCUGUCUUCUCCAAGGCCCGCUACACUGUGCGAUCCUUUGGUAUUCGUAGAAAUGAAAAGAUUGCAGUCCACUGUACUGUUCGCGGAGCCAAGGCUGAGGAAAUCCUGGAGAAGGGACUGAAGGUGCGUGAGUACGAGUUGAGAAAGAACAACUUCUCAGACACAGGAAAUUUUGGCUUUGGUAUCCAGGAGCACAUUGAUUUGGGCAUCAAAUAUGACCCUAGCAUUGGAAUCUACGGCCUGGACUUCUACGUGGUUCUUGGCAGACCUGGUUUCUGUAUUGCAGACAGAAAGAAGAAGCAGGGCCGUAUUGGUGCCAAGCACCGCAUCCGUAAGGAGGAGGCCAUGCGCUGGUUCCAACAGAAGUAUGAUGGCGUCAUCCUUCCUGGCAAGUAAAGGACCAUGUUUUUGACAUGGUAGCACAAAUAAAAAUAAUAAAUAAAAAAAAAAAA